UAUGCGGUCUGACAGUUGCCACCCUGAGUCGGUGGUGCUGCCCUCAACAGCCUUCCCAAGUCACGUGUAGAACAGUCCUGGAAGAUUGGCGGGAAUGUCGUCUGAUGUGACAAGCGCGUGAAUUGUGUUCGAAGCUAUUUGUUGCUGGAGGUUGCGUGUGCUCUUACACUCAAUACAUAUCAAUACGUUGGUUAGGUGAUUGGUUUUUCUAAGUGGUGGUUGGAAGAAAACAACAUUAUUUUGUCACUCAACAAUGGUGCGGACCAAAGCUGAUGCUGCCACAGCUCGAGUGUCUGGAGCAAAGGCCCCUCGCAAAAUCCAUGUUAAUCCUAGUGCCACUGCCAAGAAACCCAGCAGCAGCAGUAGUAAUGGUGGAGGUGGCGGUAAUCCAUAUUGCCCAAGAGAAACUCCAAAGUGGCAGAAAGAAAUUACAAAAUUUUUUCAACCAAAGAUAAAUGAAGGAGGUCAAAGUCAAGCAGAUGAUGCCAAACCAAACAAUGAAGAACAAACACCUGAUCAUCAAAUUGAGCAAAUACAAGCAUCUAAUAGCCAAAACAGUAAUGAUGAAGAAACAGCUUCAUCAGAAGCCGCAUGAACAACUUCGUGGAGAAAUAUUAUUAAUAUUACUAUAUUUUUCAUCUUCAUUUAAAUUAUGUUAAUUUCAAAAUAAGCAUCAUCAUGUAUCAACUUAUAUCAUGUUUAGAAGUUUUUAUAUUGUGGUAAUGUUUUCAAGUGCUAGUUGUACAAGCUUAUGAAGUAAGGGAGAUUGUAACAGAGCUGAUUUGGUCCCUCUACUCUCUCUCCCCCUCUCUUGCAAUCACCCCUCUCCCCCUUCAUCAUUCUUAUCGGUUUUGCUUUUCACAUAGCAAAUAAAUAAUUUUGGUGAAAUAAGUUGUAUUCGUCGGAGUGAAGGUUUGGCUGAAUUACAUUUACAGCCUCUUGGCAUAUUUCCCUAUUCUUUAAGUGAAAUUCUGGGAAAUCAAAGAAAUGUAGAUAUUGAGAUAGUGAAAUUUCCGGGCUAAUGUGGUUUCCCUCCAGUUAAUAUUUCAUGAGGAUUCAAUUUCUGACAGUAGGUUAAAAUAACAAUACAUCUUUUGGGGAUUGGAAAAUUAUUUAUUUAUUCCUUUUUUGUUAUAGAAAUUUAUUAAAUAUAGUACAUACAAUAUAAAAUGAAAUUGGCAAUGUACAGAAAAUAUUGCAAUAAUGUGCAUAUUGUCUAUAAAUGUUAAUACAACCUCAAAAUGUUGUUUUGAAAAGGUUACUUACUGAAAUGCAUUUUAUAAAAAUGUGUGUAAAAUUGUGUAUAGUAGACUAAUGUUUUAUGCUGAUAUCUUGUCUUUAGAGAAGUUAAUUGUGUAACUCUAGAAUUCUAUUUUCUCUACAGCUUCAGUAUGCCCUCUGUUUGUCAGCUACAGAAAUUCAAUUGCCCACUUUGCCCUGAUUGUUUGACCACCAAUAUUUUUUAUUUGAUUGCUUAUUUAAAAAAGUGUUAUAAAUGUAUAAUAUUAGUGAGUUACACAGGCCAUGACUGAAUGGAGUACCUUCCACUCUCAGAAUUUUAAUUGGAUUAAAAAUCUUGAGAAUACAACUUUGGAAAAACUUAUUGUUGUUUUUUCCAUAGCUAUAAAUAUAUUUUUUAUAAAUACUCAAAGUAUUUUUUGACAUAACUGUUUCAGAAUCUGUAGAUGUUGAAAUCUUGAGUUUCAUUCACAGUAUGACUGAGGUGAUCCCUCAGCAGAUAGUUUUAGAAAUAAGUUGAUGUGACAUUUAGCCUCAAUCUCCCUUACUUUGCAAUUGUGAUAGUUUUCAAUUAUGUCUAUAUUUAUACCACUACAUUCUUUUCGAAAUCCAACCAACGUCUAAAAAAACUCACGGUUCUAAAAGUAGCAAUUUCAAGUAUAAAAAUUUAUGUUUCUCAUUUGAAUAUUAGAAAUUGUGGAUAUUUAUUCUGAAAAUAAAAAAAUAUUAAUUAUUUGGCCUCUGGUGAUUGAUACAGAGUAAACUGUGGUGUUGGUUUUAUAAGACUGACAAAACAAUCAAGUUAUUUAAUGCAAUAGUCAUGUUCAGCCAGUAUUUGUGCUUCAUGCAAUUAAUGGAACUGUGAUGUUCAUCUAAAUGAAUAACAAUAUGCUAUUGCUUAAAAUUCUCUGCUUCAUGUCUAGUUUUGCAAUAUGUCUUACAAGGUUUCCAGAACUAUGCUCUCUCCUAAUUAGAUUGUUACUUCCAUAUAAUUGUGCAAUUUUGGUUAGCAUUUAUUGAAGUUAAGUUUUUUUGAAAGAUAUGAUAUUGUUUGUGACAAUUAGCAUUUCAUUUUCAACAAUUGUAAUACUUUUGUUGAUUUAUUACUAAUCUUGUUUUUAAGACAACUUUUCUUCUAAUUAUGUUAGCUCUUUAUCACACUUUCUUCUCCCUUUUAACAUGUAUAGUAUUAUCAGUAUAUUACAUAGCAUUUCAUUUUGUCAGUUUUGAGUUAUAAGUUUGAUACAAGAUUAGUAGUGUUUUAAUAUUUUAUUUGUUGAAUAGAUCUUUCAUUGGAGUACAAGAAUGUCAUCUUAAAUUUUUGGAAGACUAUUUAGAACAUAGUUUCCAAAUUACAUAUUUACUCGAUUAUAAGCCGACUCCAAGAAAUAAUGAACAAAAUAACAAAAGGGGGUAAAAAUGAUUUCAGCAGAAAUGUAAUUUUUGAUAUUAUUUGUUUAAACCUAAGAAAUACAUUCAAUGCUUAAUGCAGUCAGACCACUGAUUUCAAUUCAUUUUUGGGAUCAUUGACUCGUACACCAUCAUCGUAUGACUCAAGAUUCCUCUGUUGAUGCUUGGUCACUUGUGUCCAUGAAAACAGGCCUCUUUGCUGCCAUCAAGGGCAUUUGAGAUUGAACACUUUUUGAAAGCCCUUGGACAAUUUCUCUAGGAAAACUCUUCCAGGCAUCAUCUAUCCAAGCGCACAUUUGCGUUAGACUGGCCUGUUUCAUGCGCCCUGUAGGCGUGAGCAUUCUUUCUUCUUUGAAGAGCCCUGGGGGAGCCAGUUUGAAUACAUUUUCUUCAACUUCUCCUCGAAUGGUUUGUUGAUGCACACAUCCAGGGGUUGAAGUAUUGACGUUAGUCCUCCUUUAAGCCAAGCUGGUUCCCUGAUCUUUCAAUUCCUUCACUGCCUCGGUAGUGUGGGCCACGAGUCCAAAACCAGGAGCCUAUGUAACCUCAACAAAGCGCCAGGGCGACAGUGCCACACCAACUGAACCCAUUGUAACAUUGUCUUUCGUAAACCACCCUUUUUCAUGUGCGCAUACAAUAACGCUCUUAGAAAAUGUCUAAUUUUGGGAGCGUCUUGCUUUUGAACACAAUAAAUGGAGGUAGUUUAUGUACGUUCUACAGUGUCUGCUGGAUGGCCAAUGCAAAAUAGUAUCUUUAUGGAUGUCUGGUGUCAACUAAUGCAGCAACACAAUGACACAGAUUCUAAGCAGAUGGUUAAUUUUUGAACUUCAAAAAAUGGGGGAAAGGUCGGCUUACAAUCGGGUUAUACACAAUAUUACCAUUUAGCUGGGAGUUAAAAAAUGAAAAUUUUUUUAAAGUGAAAAAUUGUGACAGCGCUGGGGUAUUGCUACAGUUAACAGGACUCACAAUUUCAUAGGAAAAAAGUCAUCGUAAAUAAAUAAAAAGCAAAAUGUUUUGAAUUGGACUAUUGAUAUCUAGGACCACUUCAUGAUUCCACCAGUUAAAGGUUGAAUCGUAGUCAUGUUUCUUUAAAAAAUAUUAUUAUAUUAUUUACUGAUUUGCUAAUGCCAGAUUACAUCAGAGCAUUUCUUAUUCUGAAGAAAUAUGGAGUUUUUAGUUUCGUGCCCAGAUGUACUUAGUAAGCUGCAAAAUUUCCUUUUUCCCUUUUAUUUUUUUAAGUUGUUUAUUGAGAACUUUUGACCCUUUUCUUUGUCUCCUUUUUUUAAUAGUUCUACACCCCAAGACAUACAUUUCUAUUCGAUUAUUCUAAGAAAAAAUACUAUUCAUCUGUGAUAUCUGAUGAUUCAUUUAUGAUUUGUGAUAUAGCUUUGUAUUUAUUUGUUUUGAAAAUAAAGGUUUUUAUAAGAAAAUGAACUU